UUGCAAAGGUUAACUAUUUCCGCUUGCGUACGGAGUCCGAUCGCCAAACUGCUGUGACCUGCCAUUCAUGUUUACACCUCCACCGCUUCUUUGAAAAUAUUUGUUCGGCAAUGGCAGAUAAAAUCGAUUUCUCCAAGGUAAAGAUCCGUGCCAUUAAGACAGAUCUGAACAAGUACAACAUCGAAAUCAAGGAGAAUCAUGGCCUCAACGAGAAAACUGGAUACUGGUGGCUUGUGUUUACAUUUGACUUCGCUCUCGAAAAGGGAAUUGAAGUUCGCUUGACAAACUUUAAGUACAGUAGAAGCACGAACUGGACGAUGGAAAUUGUCAAAUGUGUCUACCUGGGAAUAAAUAGCAAGGAAGAAGUAGAUUCCUUUGACAUGGAGGAUGAGCUCGCAAAUUGGCGCGAGCUUCGUCGAAUAAACGACAGCGUUGGAAAGCCCGAAAAGCUUCGUAAGUACCUUGAAGAAAACAUCGUGCCUCUGGUGACUAAAAAGAUCAGAUACACAAAAUUCAGCCCCCAAUUCAGCUUCUUUUUAAGCCACAGAUCGAAGGACAAGCCAUUGAUGGAAACUUUCCGGAAUGGGCUCAAAUUUCUUGGUUAUAAAACAUGGCUUGACAAAGAUGACAUGCCGAUGUUCGCUGAUUUGCAAGGAGCACUGAAAGUUGCCGUCGAAGAAUGCGAUUGUUUCUUAGUCUGGCUCAAUGAGGAAUACUUUCAGAGCAAUUACUGUGAAGCAGAACUGUUGUAUGCGAAACAACUUGGAAAAGUUAUUCUCGCAUUUGGAGAUUACGGAGAAAUCAAAGAUCUUUUGAAAGGAGAAUUUGAAUUUCUGGCCAAUCAUCUCAUUUAUGAUGCUUCAAAGUCGUCCUUCUUUGAGGUGCUUCGACGCAUCGAUAACGCUUUGUUUGAGUUCGAAAAGCUUACAAUCUAGAGUGCAGACGUCUUGAUUCAAAGCAAAUACCAUGUACUUGGGAGAACAAUUGAAAAACAAACACUGGUGACAUAUUUGUGCUAUUCAUAUUUGUAAUUUCUAUGCCUCGUCUCCAAAAUAGUUUGAAGAUGGCAUCCUUUUAGCUGGCUAGUGAUUUGAAUAAUACCCAGACAAUUUGACAGUAUCGAGACGAUGCAGAACGCAAUUGCAAGAAACUUGAAAAGUUGUCAAUCAUGUAAGUGUUUAGCCUUGUAAAGGUCAAUUUUAUCUCUUGAACGCUUCCGGAAUUUUCUUAAACUAUAUUAUUGGCAUUAUGGCAAGAUAAGAGCUAAGGCUGGAAGUGUUCGUUCUCUUGACCUUCCCUUCCUAGCGGCCUCAGACAUGUAAAACACAGAGCGCUGCCUCUCUGCUUGAAAGUUACACUGGAAAUACAAGGGCAAAAGGGGGCACAGUCCCUCGCUGUUUUGCUGACGUUUCGAGCGUUAGCUCUUCGUCAACCGCCCUGUCGAAGUACCAACGCUCGAAACGCCAGCUUUACAAAAGCAGCUCUUUACAGUGGCAAUUUGCAUAAUCAACUUUGUCGAUAAAACCAAAUCAUCUAGUUAUACCCCCCACCAACGCAGCGCCACAGUUUCCUUAGAAACUAAUUGUCUUGCUAAUCUUGCAAGCGUAUCGCGUGACACUUUAUUUCUAAUAUUGUAAUUAAGCUAAGGGUUUGAUGGUAGUUGGGUUACUUAAGAUUUAGGUGUAUAAUUGAACGUAGCACAGUAAUGGCAGACUUGUAGUAAGAAUGCUCGUGAUGCAGAAAAUCAUUUAUAAUCUGAAAUAAUUAGAUAAGGAAUUGCCUUGGGAAAUUGUGCGGAUGCGUUUCGGUUGGAACAUCCUGUGAUGUUGCGUGAUGUGUCAUUCGUGCUGCAAAUAGUGCGUUCGUGGGGUUGUAAAUUACAGAAUUGUUGAUCGGCGUGUAAUGGGAAACAACCGUUAAAAUCAAGUUGACAGGAAAUAGCUUGGGAUUUUAGUAAAUCACGAAUAAGUAAUGUCAAUCUUGGUUUUACGUGGUUUAGGCGUGUAUUUCCGUUGUAACAGCACAUAAAUAGAAUCACUAUCUUGUAAUAGAAGAUUUGAGAAUGACUGAAUGUAGAAAGUUUGGAUAUUGUAUGCAUCGUAAAUAAACGCAAGAA